AUGGCUGGCCGAUACGAGAGGGUGAAUGAACACGAUGUGGACGACGUCGAAUCCCAUCAAUCCAGACUCCAGAGACCCGUCCCGAACUCGCCGCCGCCGUCAUUCCACUCGCGCGCCUCAUCUCCGACGCGGAACGGCCAAGUCGAUCCUGAUCUUGCCGAUGCGUUCGAUGCCGAUGGCGACAGCGAUGACGAAGCCGACGACACACAGCGGUUGGUGCGCCAGAGCACCACGCCGUCCAGCGGCUCGGUGAGCAGCGGCCACAUCGGCGCGGCGAGCCAGCAGGCGCCGGUGCAGCCUCCCAACCCGACGUCGUCCGGCUCGCGGCCGCGGUUCAUGGGCGGCGGCGUUGGCACCGACGGCGUGUUUGCCAACAUGUCGGCUCGGCCGGAGCGGACCGAGUCUGAGAAGGACGAGCAGCCACCGACGUACGAACAAGCAGCCGCAGACGCCGCGCCGCCGUACUGGGAGACGACUAUUCUUGCACCGGGCUUUGGCGGGUUUGACGAGGUCUACGUCGACGGCAUGCCCGUCGGGUCCGUCUUCUCAUUCAUCUGGAACGGCAUGAUCUCGACGUCGUUCCAGCUUGUCGGAUUCCUCCUCACAUAUCUGCUGCACUCGACGCACGCGGCCAAGAACGGGUCACGCGCAGGCCUGGGCAUCACCCUGAUCCAGUACGGCUUCUACAUGAAGGGCACGUCGGAGAACGAGCCGCCACAAAUGAACGGACCGGACGGGUACGCGGCGCCGCCAGACCCCAACUCGCACGACUUUGACGCGGGCGACGUGACGGAGGGCGGCGGGUCGGGGGCCGUGACGGGCGGCGAGUGGAUGGCGUACGUGCUGAUGGUGGUGGGAUGGUUCAUCCUCAUCAAGAGCGUUGCCGAGUUCCUCAAGGCGCGCCGGCACGAGCAGCUGGUGAUGCAGAGCCCAGACCGGGGGCUCAACGUGCCCAUCAUUGCCGAGGGCGAGAACCCGGAGCGGGUGGUGUGA